AUGACCACUCUUGUUAUUUAUAAAGUUUCUCUUGACACACCUAUUUGGAGCGAACCGAUCAUGGUUUGGGUUAACACAUGCUGGUCACCUUUCAUUUGGUCGAAUUCUUUGAAGAGUGGCUGCUAUGCUAUCGCUUUUUAUACGAUGGCAAUGUCCACCCUAAUUAUUACCUUGAUUAUUUAUUGCCUGUUGAGAGGCGAAUCGACUCAGCUCUAUUCACCACUUUUCGAAACGAGCCUCGAUGAUGGUUCAAUGAUAUCUUGGGGAUUAAUGUACAUUUUUUUCCUUCUUCUGUUCAUCGCUUCGGCUGGUUUAAUGUGGAGAGCCUUACGAGUUUGUGUUCGUGGAUUUCUUCUACCUUGGCUAACUCUGAUGGUAAUUGUCAUCACUUUUCAACUCUUGUGGGGUAUCUGGCAGCUUUACGGAUAUUACAUUUAUUUGAUUCAAACUUAUUACUGCUUAGUUAACUGGCUCUGGAUGGGAUAUCAUGUUUACUUAUUCAUAGUCGUCUUUUCUCAAUAUCAAGUCUUUGAAAUAGAACAGAAUCCGAAUAUUGAGCUUCUAAUAAAUUAAUGUAAUAAGUAAUCAAAACAACACCGUCGAAUGCUAUUUCGAAAAAUACAGACAGUGUUUAAUUUACAUACAAAUAGUGCCUUAAGUUUCAAUUUAGAAUUCCGUCCAAUCACUUCUUAACAUGACAUUAAUGGAAAUUUUCUAAAAGAUCUGCUAAAAUCAUUUCCGAAUUUUAUUUAAUUAGACAAGAGACAUUUCAAAAUUAAGCUUAGUCAAGCAUAUUUGCUUGUAGAAUUUAUAUUUUUAAAAUUAUGUUUAAUUUACAAAUUUUUUAUCAAAAAAGAAUUGCACAUUCCGUCCAAUAAUUACAAAUUUUUGUAUCUUAUGUAAAAUAGAAAAAAAGAAUAAUUAGCGAAUA